AAACACCAAUGGCUUCCUUCUCCUUCCUCUCUCGCUCUCGCAGAUCAAUCCCUAAACUUCUCCACUUCCUCUUAAGCCCAGCUAAAAGCCCUAAUGCUUUAUCCUCCUCCACGCCCCUCUUCCGAUCCCACCACCGCCUUGCUACACCCGGUUCCACGUCUACUAAUCCCCAAAUCCCCAAUCCCUUCUUUCUCCUCCGAUCCUUCUCCACCACCGCCGCCGCCAAUCUCCGAUCCCGACCCCUCUCCAAGCGAACCCCCACAAUCCCAAGUCUUAUCCCUACUCCCUUCAGCUCCCUUCCCCGAAUCCCGACUUUGCCUAAAACGCUAUACCCCGAUCCCAGAAACCUCUCCGCCGGCCCGUCGGGAGGCUCCGAGCCAGAGGGCGGGCCCCAGGUCCCGGAGUUCCGGCACCAGGAGAUCGUCGGCCCCACGGUGGAGCGCGACGACUCCGCCCUCGCCAACGAGACCCGCCAGGUGCUCGACGGCCUCGCUAGGAGCAUCUACAGCCUCAGCUCGGCCUUCGCCUUGCUGGGCGUCGCCCACCUCGGCCUCGGCGCGUGGAUCGUGUUCUCCGUACGGCCGCCCGACGAGGUCCUGGUCCAGGGCCUCGCGGCUUUCGGCUUUCCCUUCUCGAUGGCGUUCCUCGUGCGCCGGGCCCUGAAGCCGAUUGUCUUCUUCAGGAAGAUGGAGGAGCAGGGGCGUCUCCAGAUUCUGACGCUGGCUCUCCAGGCCACAAAGAACUUGAAUCUCUUGUUCAUAAGAGCUCGAGUGGUUUCCUUCUGCUGCAUCGUGGGCAUCUCGGCAGGAUCUCUGGCAGCUCUACUUGGGCGAUAAUGUUAUCAUCAGAAUAAUGCGAUCUUGAUUUGUAAUUCUUCCCAGUUUGUCUAGACUUACCAUGGAGUUUACGAUUUGAGCAGCUCAGAUUGUUUAAGAUCCAACAGCGAUGAGAUGGGUUCAUUUUGGAGACAUAUUAUACUUACGGGUCCAUAACUUAAUUCUCUUCAGCUAAGAAAACCAAUAAGGCUUCAUUGCUUUUAUCGUUCUCUAGAUGAAAUUAAAUUCUAGGUACACUCUCAAGGAAAUCACACGGACAGGUAAUUGCUGACUUUCUUUGCUUGCUCACUUGAUAGAUAUUGUAAAGCUUUCUUGAAUACUUUCUGGGAACAAAAAAAUAUGCUUGAGCCGUGACGGGGAUUGGAAGAUUUGAUCAGUUGAUGCUGUCCUUGGUAGUGCCUUAUGGCUUAGGUUUCUUGUACUUGGCAAUUGAUAAGUAAUAAAAAAGAACAGAAGUAAGCUUCUUUUCUCCUUCGUUUUAAAAAAAUAUUGUUUAUCAUUAUUUUCCUGAAAAUCUGAACGUGUCAACAAAGCUUUUUAAUGUAAAAUGGUGCAACACUCA